GACACAUAAAGCGUUAGUGAGGAAUCGAUUCCCACCACCACCACCGUCGCCGCCUCCUCAGUUUGUGGAGUCGUCCAGAGGCUUCAUCCACGUCGCCUCUGGCAGGCCUGAGGAGAGAGGCGAGGCGAAUGGAGCCCGAAGCCUCGCCGAGUCGUUGACGGGCGCCGCCGACGUGAAGAUGUUCGCCAUCAGGAAGUGGCUCUACAAGCCGCGGAGGGGAGACCCCCAGUUGCUGUCCCAGUUCUUCUACGCGGACGAGGAGCUGAGCGAGGUGGCAGCUGAGCUGGACAGCUUUGACGGACGCAAGGACCCCCAGCGGUGCAUGCUGCUCGUCAACCAGCUGCGUGCAUGCCAGGAUCGCGUGCUGAGUAUCCUCGCCAAAGUGAUGGAUGCGUGCAUCCCCGCUGAGCGAGCCAACCGAGACUUCAGCGUCAAAUUCCCCGAGGAGAUUCGCCAUGAUAGCCUCGCUGGACAGCUGUGGUUCGGUGCAGAGUGCCUGGCGGCCGGCUCCAUCAUCAUGAACCGUGAGGUGGAGUCGCUGGCCAUGCGCCCGCUGGCCCGGGAGUUGACGCGCAGCCUGGACGAGACCCGUGCCAUCGUGCGGGACCAGUGCCUGCGAGACCCCUCGCUCUACUCGGAGAGGCUCACCACGGCACUGCGAAACUUCGACCGACUUUUCGCGGAGUUUGAACUCAGCUAUGUGUCUGCCAUGGUCCCUGUGAAGUCGGCUAAGGAGUACGCUGUCCAGCAGGAAGUGGUGGUGCUGUUCUCUGAGACUGUGCAGAGGGCCCUCGCGCUGGGCUACCUCACCCAGGAGGCCAUCGAUGAUUAUGAGCCGGCGCUCAUGUUCACAAUCCCACGCCUUGCCAUCGUCUGCGGGCUGCUGAUCUUCCCGGAGGGGCCCUUGAACCAGGAGCGGCGUCCCGACGAGAUGUCCAACCUCUUCCGCCCAUUCCACUCUCUCCUCGUCAAGAUCCGCGACCUGCUCAGGACCCUCACUCCCGACGAGUUGUCCACCCUGGAGCGGAGCCUCUGUGUCACCCUCGAUUCGGAGCUGCUGCCCGCCGCCUCGUCCGUCGCCUCGUCCACCUCGGCAGCAGCAGCAGCUCCUCCCGGAGGGUCGCUCCUCGUCCCUCCGACCUCCUCCUCCUCGUCCUCCUCCUCCUCCUCCUCGUCCUCCUCCUCGUCCGUGCCUCCCGCAUCGUCCGCUUGGCCGCGGCCGCGGCCGCCGCCGCCCUCUGCGUCGACGGCACCGCCAUCGAUGGCGGAGGAGGACGAGGAGGUGGAGGACGAGGAGGUGGAGGAGGAUGAGGAGGAUGAGGAGGUGGAGGAGGAGGAGGAGGAGGAGGAGGAGGCCGGCGCCACGAUGGAGCUUGCGUGCUCCAUGCAGUUUGACGAGCAGGAGCUGGCCGAGCUGCACAGCCUGGUGCAGCAGGCCGGCACGCAAAUGUCCACGCUGCUGUCUCCCCCCGGCAGCCGCCGGGAGUCGCCGGCCCGGGGCCUCGCCGCGGCCGGGGCCGGCGGCGGCUCGCUCGGCGUUGUGGGCGGCUCGCUCGGCAUUGUGGGUAGCUCCAUCAUCGGCACCGGCACCGGCACCACCACCGUGGGCAGCUCCAUCACCGGCACCGGCACCGGCACCGGCACCACCACCGUGGCGUCAGCGCAGUGUCCGAGAAUCUCCGCGCUGCUUCUCCGGCACCAUCACCACGAUCACCGCCACCAGCGAGGCCACCAGCAGGGCCACCAGCAGGGCCACCAGCGGGGCCACCACCAGGGCCACCACCAGGGCCUUGACGACGCCGAGUGGCAGAGGGAGCAAGGGGAUGAGAGCCUCUUUGCCAUCGAUGACCUGGACGGUGGUGGCGGUGGUGACGGUGGUGGUGGUGGUGGUGGUGGUGUUGGUGUUGGUGGUGUUGGUGGUGGUGUUCGUGGUGGUUGUGGUGGUGACGGUGGUGGUGGUGGCUCUGCCAUCAUCACCGCCACCACCGCCACCACCGCCACCACCAUCGGCCACCCUCUGACCCCACCGUGCUCAUCCAUCGCAAGGCUCUGUCGGCAAGCGACGCCAUCUUUGACAGCGCCGCCACCACUGCAGGGGCUUGUGGGUAGCCACGGGGGCACGGCCACGGAGGAGGUCCUGGCCACGGAGGUCCUGGCCACGGAGGUCCUGGCCACGGAGGUCCUGGCCACGGAGGUCCCGGCCACGGAGGUCCCGGCGGCCACGGAGGUCCCGGCGGCCACGGAGGGGGUCCCGGCGGCCACGGACGUCCCAGCCAUGGAGGUCCUGGCCACGGAGGUCCCAGCCACGGAGGAGGUCCCGGCGGCCACGGAGGUCCCAGCCACGGAGGUGGUCCCAGCCACGGAGGAGGUCCCGGCGGCCACGGAGGUCCCAGCCACGGAGGUGGUCCCAGCCACGGAGGAGGUCCCGGCGGCCACGGAGGUCCCAGCUACGGAGGUCCCAGCCACGGAGGUCCUGGCCACGGAGGUCCCAGCCACGGAGGAGGUCCCGGCGGCCACGGAGGGCCGCACAGUGGCGGAGGAGAUUGCCCAGAGGACUGGUGGCAUGAGGCUGUCGGCCACAGUCAUCUUCAAACCCAGGGCGGUGGACGCUGUGGGGGUGGUGGACGCUGUGGGGGUGGUGGACGCUGUGGGGGUGGUGGUUGAAAGGAGGAGGCAGAGGCGAGGAGAGGACGACUUUGAGGAGGAGGAGGUGGAGAGGGUGGAGAGGGUGGAGAGGCCUCAGGGCCGGAGACGUCAUCACAGCCAGGGACAUCAUCGCAAGAAACGACACCCAUCAGGAGAAUCCGCAUCCGGCGAUUUGGAAAACCCGGAUCUGGGAUUCUUGGAUCCGGAGCGGGGGCUGGGAUCCUUUCACGCUGGACCAUGGGGUAGUCCCCACCACUACUCCUCCACGCUCAACUCAUCCAGCAGUGGAACGGACGUCUCAGUGACCACCUGCAGCCUCUCCACUUCCGACGACGACGAGGAGGAGGUGGACGAGGAGGAGGUGGACGAGGAGGAGGUGGACGAGGAGGUGGACGAGGAGGUGGACGAGGAGGUGGACGAGGUGGAGGAGGAGGAGACUGACAAUCGGUGUAGGUACGGUGACGGUGCCGGUGAGGGCGCCGGUGCCGGUGCCGGUGACUGUGCCGGUGCCGGUGACGGUGACGGUGCCGGUUCUGGUGUCCGUGAGCGAAUCCGAUCCCGGUUCCAGAGCUCAUCCGAUCUCACCCACCGCCUUUUCGUAUGCAUAUCAGGCGUGGCUGACCAGCUCCAGACGAACUGUGCGAGUGAUCUCCGAGUGAUCCUCAAGUCUCUGUUCGAGAUGUCCACCACGAGGCCGGCCAGCGAACACGAACGUGUGCCAGCCUUGGUGCACGACCCUCUGCUGGAGGACUGUGCCCUGUGCAGGGAGGUGGAGUCCGGAGCGGAGAGAAGCCGCAGCAAGACGCAGCACUUCACAGAACCACCAGAGUGGGUUCCUGACUGUGUGAGUGUUUGCUGCUCCGCUUGUUCCUCACCCUUCACCGUCAUCCGGCGCAAACAUCACUGCCGUAACUGUGGCAAGAUCUUCUGCUCUCGCUGCUCUCCCCACUCGGCUCCACUCCCUCGCUACGGGCAGCUGAAGGCUGUGCGAGUGUGCACACAUUGCUUCCUGUGUCACGUGACACCAUUCUGUAGUACUCACACGUGACACACACUCACUAGUACACUCACUCACUCAUACACUCACUCAUACACUCAUACACUCACUCAUACACU